UGCACAGAUCCCACACAUUCAUACCAGUAAUGGGUGCAUGUAACGUGUAUAUUUAUGUGUGUACAUCUAUAUAGGCACACAAAGGCUGUGUUAAGGCAUCCAACUGUCGAUACAUCCACAUUUCUCGACUUGCCUUGUGCGAUUACAGCUUGAGUACAUGGAGGCGGUCGCAUGUGGUGAGAGGCACGGAUAUUGAAACAAGAAGCAUGCAUAUGCAAAAAGUGAAUUUCCGCACUCUACACCUGUACACACGCAGUAUUAGAACUAACAUAUGUAACCCCUAAAACACCCAACCGCUAUACACACCUCAAAUCAAGCUAAUAACUUAGUACUGGCGCAUUCAUAGGCUCAUAUACCAAGACUCCCGAAACCUUUGCACGACCAUCAUGUCGUCGUCAUCCGGUGCGGUGGCUGCAAGUGCCUCCAGUGAUCGAGAAAUGCGCACUAUCUACACCUUUUUGAUCCGUCAACCACAGAUGGUGUUGAGUAGCCUAUACGAGCACUCGCUGUCAUGCUUGGCUGUGUUCCGCACACUCUCACCCGUGGGAAGGCAUUAUGUCAUGCGAUUGUUGUACACGAAGGACCCUAUUGAACUCAGCGAUAUUGAAGUCUGGUGCACUGAUCGGACUUUACACAGG